UGGCAGUUGUCCCCAAGUCAGCUGUUGGAGACGGUCGUAGGAGGCUGCUCCGUGGUUCCGUAGCACAGCGUGACGAAGUUCGUAGUUUUGGCGCUUCGUGUGGCAUUACUUGUAUAUUAGUUGGCCAUUCCCUUCGACGCGGUGCAAUCAAACUAGGUAGAAGCGGCGUCUACAUAGCGCGAUAUUCAAAUAGCAUUGCCAGGUUUCUUACGUCAAGCGGCUGUCGUUUUUAGAGAUCGCCAGCCAGUUUCACACAAACCUGCUGCCCGAUGCAACGUCCUCUCGCCUCGCAAGACGGUGCCGCCACAAUCAAAUUGUCUGUGUGCUACGGUAUAGAAAUUGGGAUUUCUGGCAGGGAGCCGGAAAAGACGCCGAUGGCGACCAAGGUGUUCCGUGCAGUCAUCAUGGGUCCACCGGGAUCGGGCAAAGGCACGAUAUCCGAAUGGAUCGUGAGAGACUUCGCGCUCAAGUACCUCUCUUGCGGAGAACUUAUGCGCCAGAACGUGCGGAAUAAGACGCAGCUGGGUCUGGAGAUGGCACCCUACGUGGAGAAGGGGAAGCUGGUACCUGAUGAGGUAGUGACGAAGCUUAUUCUCCAUGAGAUCAACAACACCUACAAGAACGAUCAUUGGCUGCUUGAUGGUUUUCCUCGCACUGUGCCGCAGGCAGAAGCUCUUUAUCAGGACACGGCGCUGUCUUGCGUGCUCAAUCUGGCCGUACCUGAGGAAGAAAUCACGAAGCGAAUCGAGGGCCGCUGGAUACACGCUGCCAGCGGUCGGACAUACCACACGGAAUUCAACCCUCCCAAGGUGCCCUUCAAGGACGACGUCACCGGGGAGCCACUCGAGCAGCGGGCCGACGACAAACCUGCUACGGUGCGAGCUCGUCUGGCGACCUACCGAGCCCAGACUGAGCCCCUGCUGGCCUACUACGACAAGAAAGGCCUCCUGCACGAAUUCCACGGCACAAAGUCCAAGGAGAUCUGGCCGCACGUCUACAAGUACCUCAGCAGCCUUCGCAAGCCUGUCCGUGCGCUGAGCAUAGAUUGAAGGAGUGCGUCGCAUGCAGUCACCAACACUGGCAGCACGUCAUGCCACGUUAUUGGCUGGUUGCUCCUUCAAAGAGGCCUUGGUGUUGAAUCAGUUGACAGGCUUACGGCAGGCAUGCAUUCCUAAGUACCAUUCCUCUUUGAAAA